AUGUGUUACUAUCUCCAAGCCGCCAACCUUCUCCGCAUUCUGCGCACUUUGUCCACCUUCACACAGAGGCGACGCAUACCGCAACACGCAUCAUUCAGAACCGGAAACAACAUAAUCCUAAAGUCUUCCAUGCCUACGAUUCCCUUUCUGGGCAGCUUCUUCGGUUCAUCCUCCUCGUCAUCAUCCCAAAAAAUGCCCGAGAACUAUCCCGUUCAAAAGUCCGCCGACGAGUGGCGUGCGGUUCUCAGCCCUCAACAAUUUCGCAUCCUUCGCGAGAAGGGCACAGAACCUGCCGGCACUGGCAAGUUCGACAAGCACUACCCCUCCGCAGGCGUCUACACCUGCGCCGGGUGCCACGCGCCCCUGUACAAGGCCUCGCACAAGUUCAACUCGGGCUGCGGCUGGCCGGCCUACUUCGACACCAUUCCCGGGGCCGUGACGCGGCACGAGGAUCGCACCUUUGGCAUGACGCGGACCGAGAUCGUUUGCAGCAACUGCGGCGGACACCUGGGCCACGUCUUCAAGGGGGAAGGGUUCAAUACGCCGACGGACGAGCGUCAUUGUGUGAACAGUAUUUCUUUGUCAUUCAGUGAGGAGGAUUCGGCUGCUGAGAAGAAGGGGGACGGGGAGCGUAAGUGA